AUGACCGUCGACAUCCAAGUCCAACAGCUCUUCAUCGACUUCUCCGGCCUCCCCCCCUCCGGCUCCCCGCCCCACCCCAACACCCCCCCUCCCACCACCCCCUACGACACGCUCAUCGACGCCUGCCACGACUCCCCCGCGCUCAUCCAGCGCGCCUACGAGACGCACCGCACGUCGCGCAACGCGCACCAGGGCGCGCAGCUCCUCGCGCCCUCCUUCGCCGGCAUGAGCGUGGACCCGAUCCUGCAGGAGCUCGUGCACGCGGCGGGCACGCAGCGCAUCCCGGAGCUCGAGCAGGCGGGCCGCGAGAAGAGGCGCCAGGACGAGAUUGAUACGCGCAAUUGCUUGACGUUCUGGGCGCGCCCGACGGCGGCGGUGCGGGAGAUGGUGGGCGAGGUGCAGGGGAGGCUGAGGAAGCUGUGCUCGGACAUCUGGCUCAUGCCCCUCGACAACCUGCACCUCACCGUCCUCGAAAUCGCGCACUCCCGCACGCGCCCCGAAAUCGACGCCAUCACCGCCCUCCUCCGCCCCACCCUCCCGCUCAUGGUCAACCUCCCCAGCGCCUCGGCGCACCGCGCCGUGCUCAUCCGCCCCAUGCUCUCGUUCGACAGCGCCGCGCUCGCAAUCUCGUUCGUGCCCGAGGCGGCCACGCCCGAGAGCGCCUACACGUACCACCACCUGCGGCGCGACUUCUACCAAGCGGCUGUGGACAGCGGUGCCGCGUGCGGCUCGCGGUACACCGUGCCGUCGGCGCACAUCACUGUUGCGCGGUUUGUGACGGGCGGCGGCGUGGAGGACUGGGAUGUGGGGAGGAGGGAGGCGUGGGUGAGCGGCAUUGAGAGGAUUAAUGCGUGGAUUGAGAGGGAGUGGAGCAGGGUGAGGUGGGUGGUGGGGGAGGAGCGGGGCGUGGAGUUUAGGAGGGGGUUGUUGUGGUAUGGGGGUGGGGAUGCGGUGGCGGUGGGGAAGCCGUUGUGA